AUGGAUACUAACAUCGAGGUCGGGCAGGAGAACAUUUAUUUCGAAAUGGAAUCUAAACAGGAAGCCAACACCGAAACCUAUGACGAUGUAGUUUUCAGAAAGGACACUUCAGAGGCAAAACCAAACAUGGAAACACAGCCGUAUAAAGAUUCUGAUACAGUGAAGCAUAACCCAUUCUUCUUUAUCGUAUCUGCCAUCGCUGUUGCUUCGCUCUUAACAGCCCUUGCCACUUUGGUUUUAGCUGUGGCAAUCAUUACGGCACGGAGCGAAGUUUCUACAGAAACGUCAGAACUUCAAAAAAAUGUGCAAGAGUUGAAAAGGAACCUCUCUGCUUUAAGAGACUACUCGGUUUCAGGGGAAGUAAAAGAACUGAAGAAAAACGUCUCAGCAGAGUUGGAGGAGCUAGCAAUAAGGAUGAAAAAAGACAUGGAAAAAAUGAAAAAUGAGGGCAAAAAUACAGAGCUAGAGGAUAUCUGUCUCACAGUACAGGAUGUUGCCCAAGUUUUGAUUGGUCUAAAUACAAGUGUAAAUGAGAGGUUUCUACAUUUUGAACAAAGCAUCAUGCAACUGGAUCAAAAGGUGAAAAAUACUACUGGCAGCACGAGCAUCCGAGGACCACCUGGAGUCAAUGGUACUAAUGGUGACACUGGACCUGCCGGACCUCCAGGAUAUAAUGGUACAAAGGGUGACAUUGGACUUGCCGGACCUGCUGGACCUCCCGGACCUCCAGGAUUUAAUGGCACUCAGGGCCCUGCAGGACGAUCUGGACUACCUGGUGUUCAGGGUCUUCGUGGACCAUCUGGGUUCAAUGGUACCCAGGGUCUACCUGGACCUGGGACCAGUUCCUGUGUUUUUAAGACUUUAUCCAGCACUGGUAUGGCAGCAAAUUCGAUCGCCCAACAAGAAAUUGUAGCGACGGAACAAAAUGGUAAAAUCUUUAUUGGCAUAAACUGUGAUACAAACGACGCGAAAGUUGCUCAAUUAUCAAGCACCACUUCAGCUGGAAAGAGAACCUACAAGUGCUCUUGCUAUGGUACCCUAACAACUGGAGAAACAACGAUGUAUUGCUACAUGCACCACUGGGAGUGUCAGAUGUAA